UCUUCUUCCCCGACCGAUCGAAUAUUCUCCAGAAAGAAUAAGACGUGUAUAUAAACCAUCUAGCUAAAUGGUAACUACAGUAGAAACUACCACACAAUCAGUACGUACUGAAGCUGUCGAAGCACCAGCACUGUCACCUCCACUUGCCAGCAGCAAUACCAAUCAUAUCGGCUUUACUGAAUUUCGACUUGAUCCACUCGAUGCUCAUGCCACACCACCUCAUCAACUACGCGAAUCAUGUCGAACAUUCACCUUGAAUCUCGAACCUACCCCCGGCACACCCCUUGCACAAUCGUUUAAAAAGUUUCAGGACUGUUCAUAUUCGACAAGUGGACCGAAUCGUGCUCACGACACUACACCCCAUAUCUCCAUACUCGGCAAAGUAACAAUCACACGAGGCGAUCAGUCGCAAUGGCGUACUGCUGACCGGCUCCAUCAAAUUAUCAGCCAACAAGUACAGUUACUCGAUAUGUUGACAGCACCAAUUUUUGGCGGUUAUCAGACCAUUUCCAAACCUACACGCGCACUCGUCAUGCAUGUCCAUGUCGAUGCUGAUUUUGCUAAACUCGCUCGUUCUAUCCAUCGACUCAUGACGCCCGAACAAGGUGUCAAUUUCCAAACCAUCCCACCCAUGAACCGUAUCUAUCUUGCCUACGACAUUUUACAUUCUUUAUCCCCCACAACGCUGUCCAAGUUGAAUACCUUAGCCAAGGAGACUAUCGUUGUCGAUGAUUGGGUGUUGCACGGACAAGAUUGGCAGCUGUCGUUGUAUGAAGUCAUCCUUGAAAGUCGCGUAAAAGGCAUACAGCAGCAGGCAGUCUUGAUAGAUUCGUGGCAACUUAACAAGCCUCAAAGCAAUACUGCACCCUCGACACCCUGGUUGUCAAAGUCAUUACGCGUCAAACUUGCAGUCUUGUCAACACGUUGUUUUGGACCACGGCCCUCUGCUUCUACUUCUACUUCCUCGGCAUCUGCAAAUCUUGUCAGCAAUAGUAGUACUAAUGAGAACGAGAUAGAAUCACGUUCGUGACAUAUGCAUUUUGUAUACCACUAUCGUAAACCUCCUCUUCCAUACAUCCUCCUCCAUUCUCUCCUCUAUCACUGAUUAUGUAAAAGCAAAUGCACUAUCCCAACAUAUUUUUCUACCCAUCAAUCUUCAUAUCCAAAAAAAAAAAAU